GCAUCCGUGAAGCUCUGUAAAUGAUAAAACGCGCUCGCUCGAAACCCGUAUUAUCUCGAGGAAAAAAGAACAAAUCCCAAUCAAAAAAUUAUCAAAAUAGAAGAAAAAUUCCAUAAAAAUAGUUGUAAAUUAAUGGAAGUGAAUAUUGGAAUUCAUUAAUAUCGAUAAAGAGUUGAUGUGAAAUUAAACAGUGGAAUCCGGCUCAUAUUGCCGUUACGAUUGUAUUUACAAUGUUUAUUAGUGGUGAUGUUCGCCGAUUGAAAGAAAGUUGACGGUGACAACUUUUUGGUACGCAUUUCUGAAUAAAGUUUUCAGGUUGAUAAGGCGCACAUUUAUGUGACGUUGCAAACAAAAUACUGUUCAAUCAAUUGCAAAAAUAUAGAACUAAAAACAAACAAAAUAUAAAUUUUCAGUCUGAAAAUUAACCUUUGUGUCAUUGGAGCAGCUUGGUAAAAACAAACAAUAAUUGGACGGGAUGUUUAAGGGCAACAAACUAGUUUUUGCAGGAAGAACACAAAGUUUAUCAAAGAAAAAAUUGGGUUUAUGUUUUAAAACCUUUACAUAAAGAGCAUUGAAUUUUAUCAGAAAAAUUAUUGAAAACAAAAUCACUUUUCUACGGAACAAUUUAACUUUUUUUUAAAGAGAAGAAAACUAAAUUUAUAAAAUUGCAUUGGUUCAUUUUCAAGACGCAUUCAGUGUAUUCAACAAGAUAUGCAAUCGCUUAGUGAGUUAUUACCCUAGAUGGAAUCGUGUGUUAUCGUCUAACGAGACUGUUCGUAGCUAACAAAAAGCAGCAGAGUUAUGCGAGCUUGAUCAUGAAUGGGCAAACAAUUGAAAAAGAGAGAAAGAAUGCAAGAAGCGUUUGAAAAAUAUUGCGAAACGUAUUUCCUUGAUGGUAUAUUCGCGCCUUUGCAAAGCGCUUCUCACUCUCACUCACCCAGAAAUGUAAAUACACAACAAAACAGUGAAAAGUCUUUUGUUUUUCUUUGAAGCGGCGACAGCAACAGCAGCAACACCGAACAAAAGCCAAAACAUAGAUUCUUCGGUUGAGUCGUGUUUCUCUCAAUUGAAAGUGAAUCGGUGUAAAAAGCGAGAACAUUUGUGAAUAGAAUAGCGAGUAGAACGGGUGGGGAAAAUAUACAGGGAAUUGUGUUUAACCCGUUAUUAUCCUUGCAAACAAUGAGCAAAACUCACGUUUCUGAUAGUGAAUAGACCAAAAAACAGAGCGAGAAAGAAAGAACGAAAGCGAGCGAGAGUUUGAGCUCGUUUGACGCAAUCAAAAAUCGAUGUUUCACUUUUAAUUAUGAAGCGUCGAUGAAAAAUAGGUACAACAUAAAGCUUGUUAAACAGGUAAAUUGAAUGAAAAACUUUCGCAUUUUGAGAAAUGAGAUCGAAUUACACGGGCGUUUUGAAACUUUUUUUAUUUAUGAAACGUAAAAACAGCAGCCAAAAGAAAGACAGCGUAUUUGAAGGCGAUUUUCAAGAAGCCAAGACAACAGAUAGUGAUUGAUGUGUAAAAGCUUGUUCAACACUCCAAGGACUAAUACCAUCAAUAUUUCAAUGCCGAAUUUUGAUUCUCCAAACACGUGCUCUUUCACUCAUCGAUUCGCAUCGCAUUAAUAAUUCAACGGUGUUGUUUGUGGAUUUUCGAUUUGCGAACAUGUGUCAAAGAUCCAAAACAUAUUAAGAGACACACACAGAGUAGGAGAGAGAGAAACAGAUACAGAUACCGAGACAGAGACAGAUAAAUAGAACAGCGCACCGACAACGAUUUAAUUAAGAAACUGACAAAUGGUGUGACAGCGCUAGAGCAAGACUAAGAAACAAAUAGAUUACCGUGGCACGAACCAAAAUUGAAAAUUUUCGAAUUGAAAGACACAUCGUGGGAUUUAUUAUUCAUCAAGUCGAUUUCGGUUGUGGGGGUAGUUCGAAAGAGAACCAUUUCGAGAAGUCAUUAGAUAGCGACUGCCGAUAAAAACGCACGGCAGAAGAAGAAAAACAGUGACGACGAAAUCUAAGCAAAAAGUAUUUAUAUAAACACAUUGUGUGACUCCAAGGCAACAGAUACAGAGUGAAAGGCAAAAGCAUCGUCAUCAUGAUACAACACUUUAUUAUUUUUACAUCGAUUCUCUACACAUUUAGUGAUGCCAUCACGAGGCCAGAUAUCGACCGAAUGCAGCCGCCAUUGGCAUCAUCAUCAAUGACAACCAUACCGACGACGAUGACGCAGCGAGUGAAUAUAACAAUGGAUACAGUGACACGCAGCCAGUGGUUAAUAAGUUCGUUAUCAGCAUCCACCGAGCGACCAUCGAAUUUGUCGGCGAGCACCAAAGGAACCAGUUCCGUAUCGUCAAAGCCAAUAAUUAGCUCACCACCAUCGAUUGCUCUGCCACUAACCGCACCAUCGUCAUCAGAACCAUUAGGAAAACCUAAUCUGCAAAAUGAUUUUGACAUUGGACCCUAUUUAGAUGACACCAGAAUCACAAAUAUCACCGUACAAGUUGGCACCAAUGCAUACUUACCAUGCAAGGUAAAACAAUUGGGUAACAAAUCUGUAUCCUGGGUGCGUGUACGUGACGAUCAUAUACUGAGUGUUGACAGGAUAACAUUUAUAGCGGACGAAAGAUUUCAGGCAUAUUUCAAAGAGGAGUUAAAACAAUGGGUGCUGCAAAUUAAAUACGUGCAACCGAGAGACGUUGGUUUAUAUGAAUGCCAAGUGUCCACCGAACCAAAAGUCAGUGCACGCGCUUAUUUGCAUGUCGUCGUGCCACGAACCGAACUCAUCGGAGACUCGGAUCGGUACGUGAAAACCGGCAGCACAGUUCAUUUACAGUGCAUCAUUUAUGGCGCUAUUGAACCGCCCACGUACAUCAUGUGGUAUCAUGAUACACAACCAAUCCAUGCCGACAACAAACUUGGAUACAAAAUGCACUUGAUUAAAUCAAACGUUUUAAGGAACAAUGAUGGUGUCAAAUUCGAACUCAACGACCUCGUUCAAUCACCACUGGACGAUGCAAUUCAAAGACAAAAUUCGGUUGGUUCAUUGCUCAUCGAGUCCACCAGAAAAUAUCAUUCGGGCAAUUACUCAUGCAAUCCCUCGAACAGCGCACCAUCCACAGUCACUUUGCAUGUUAUCAGCAGUGAGUCAUCUGCGUCGGCGGUCAAAUCAUCAGCUAGUCAAAAGCGGCUACUUUCGCUCUUCUUUUAUACUCUUUGUAUAAUUGAAAUGCUUUUGACGAUAACGCAAAGGCAGACGUGAUUCCAAAGCGCACUGAAGAUGUCGAAUUUAGAAUUUGAAUGAGGAGUAAAAAUUAUUAUUAAAUAAUUUAGACUUGAAUUACGAUUUUUAGCCGAUUAGUUCAUAAUUAUUUCCAUAUAAUGUUAGUUUUUAACAUAUUUAGGAUAUAAGUCAUUCAUCUUUUUUUUCGGUUUUGGAAUGGAAAAUGUAGGCUCGUGAGCAAUGUCAGAGAAUGUUGAUAGCGAAAGGUUCACAUUUAACAAUGUUUGAUUUAACUCAGUGUAAACUCUUUUGGUUUAUUCAAUAAAGAGCAUAAAAUUAA